CUUACAACGCAAAUGAUAUAUUCGAAAGUUUUCAUACCAAUAGCAUCAUGCUUACUUAAUUUCUUGGCAGAGAAAAUCCGGGCAGAAAUGAUGGAUUACAGAGUUGUAUCAACCUUAAAUAAAACACUCUAUUCAUCUAUGUCUGUUGUAGUCGACGAUAGUGUAUAUCAUCUAUAUCCUAAUACAACUUAUCCGUUUCUCUUUUCCGGAAAGGCGCCUAAGGCAAAGGUGGGCUAUCGGUACGUCAAAAUUACCGACAAUGCAAGUAAUUAUCUUUCAGAAUCUUUUUUGCGCUCCCCUCAAGAUAAUACAAGUACAUUACACGAGUUUUUCAAUCGCACAUGGAACAGACACCCUAAUGUUCAGCUUCCUAAAAUCUAUCCAUUAUCGAUUCCAACAAACCGCCUGGUUUCUUUGCUUCAUAAAGAUGAUGAAAUUCCUACUAUUCACUUUUCUGGUAAUCAAACGGAACUUGACCUUAUGCACCAUAACCCUCCCACAGAUCCCACAUCUGUAACUACCGUAGUCUCGUAUGUUUCACUCGAGGAUGCGUUUCAAUUCAAUAAUGUCGAACUAUCUUUAGCUGGCCGUAGCAGCGUCAUGAUGCCGAAAUUGUCCUACAUAUUUAAACUUGAUAAAGCCGAUUCCUUGUUCGGGUAUAGGCGCAUAAAACUCCGUGCCUUGGCUUUGGAUCCCUCUUAUAUACGUGAACAAAUUGGGUACGAUAUUCUGUCUUCAUCAGGCGUAGCAACUACAAAAUUUUCGUAUGUGCGUGUAUUCAUGAAUGAUCGAGAACUUGGAUUGUUUGGUUUAAUCGAGGCUUUUCAAAAUCCAUGGCUGGCUAAUGAAUUCAACGGGGGUGACGUUUUUUAUAAAAAUGGCUAUCUCUAUCAAGGAAAUUCAGAGGAUCCAUACCCAGGGUACACAUCUGAUUUGGCUUAUUACAAAGACAACCUGACCGCUUACGCAGAUGGCCAAUACAAAAUCAAGGAAGAAGAAAAAGGAGGAUCUAAAGAUAAUUUUCAGCCUUUAAUGGAUUUCACUCGAUUUAUUGCAGAGGCACCGGUCAACACAUCAGAUGCGGUAACCAUCUGGAAUAAAGCUAUGGAUACCGAAGGAUUUCUUCGCUCCAUGGCCAUUGAAGUAUUAGGUGGUUAUUCAGACGGAUAUAUUGUGAAUGCCAAUAACUUUUAUAUUUACCAAAAUCUUGAAACAAAUCAAUAUGUUUACAUACCAGCUGAUCUUGAUCUGUGCUUAGGUAAUGGUCUUCGUAAUGUUUCUCAAUUAUUAUAUGUCAACUACACGGAUUUUACUGGAUGGGGAAACCGACCGCUUUUAAAUAGAAUCUUGCUUAUACGAGACUUUUAUGAUAGAUUUCUUUAUCUUCUUCAAGACUUAAAUAACAAGCUAUUCAAUAUGGAAGCUGUAGAACCUCGUAUCAACGAUCUCGUAGAUAUGAUCCGGGAAGACGUGGAAUGGGAUAAAACAUUGCCUGGGGUUGCACAGGAUACAUUUGACGGAUUAGUUCACAACCUCCCACCUUCGUUUAGGAACGAUCCCGUUCUCUGGGAUAUUGUUAAACGCAUAAUAAGCAAUAUUUCAUUUAACAAUGCCAUAAACGAUUCAACAAGUCAGUUCGUAACCUACAUGAGUCUUAAGCCAUGGAUUUCUCGUAUGCAUCAGAACACUAAUAAUUUCUUUUCUCAAAACUCAAGUUGAAUAAAAUUCCAAUAAAUUAUAUUUCAUAAGCGCUGCCACUUU